AUGACUCUCCGCUGGCCAGCCCUCGUGCUCGCCCUGCUUCUCUGCUGCACCGUCUUCGCCGCCGAGAAGCCCAUCCCCACCAGUGCCUCCUCGUCCUUCCCAGAAUGCGGUAUCGAAUGCAACGUCCUCAACUCCGCUCAAGAUAGCUGCACCGCCGGCGCCGAAUCCACCUGGACGUCCUGCUUCUGCCAAUCCUCCCUCCUCACCUCCCUCAAAACCUCGGGCAAACUCUGCUCCAACUGCGGCUCCGACGACCAGGCCACCCUCUCCAGCUGGUACAACAGCUACUGCAAGUCCGGCGGCUCCAGCGACAGCAGCAACAAGGACUCCGACAGCUCCGGCAAAUCCACCGCGACCACCACCUCCACCUCGACCGCGACCGCGGUCGCGAGUUCCUCUAAAAAUGCGUCCACGGACGAAGAGAAGUCAUGGUGGAGCACCCACUACCAAUGGGUCGUCAUGCUGAUCGUCCUCGUCGUCGGCUUCACCAUCCUCACCAUCCUGGGCGUCUGGUUCAAGCGCCGCUACGAAGCCAAACGGCCCGGCCUCUACGGAGGGCCCAACGGCGCCAGCAGCAGCGGCGCGUUGGGCCCUCUGCAACCAGGGUCGGGGGUCCUAAGCCCCCCACCUGCCAGCUGGGUGCAACAGCCUGCCGGUCAUCCUGGCGCAAUCGCGAGCUCGCUGGCUAGCUCCUCGCGAACCGAUGUUGCGCCCAAGGGUGUCCCGCCACCCAGUCGUGGUCGUCUCCAGAAACCGUCGCAAUCGGCGGCAGAUGUGGAGAUUCGACCGCUUCCGCGAUGA